GAGACAUGGCAUAGGUACAGCUGAUGCUGAGCUGUAGUCUGUUCCUGCAGUGCAGUGAUCUGAACUGGGUCGGUUUAGCUCUGAACUCCGUCAGGAGAAAGAAUGGACGCUCACCCGAACAGCCAGAGUGAUAAACUGCUCCACAUAGACAUCUGUCUGGAUGAGAACAAUCCUGGCUCUGGGAUCACUGAGCUGUUCAGAACACUGAGGCCUCAGUGGAAGGCAGAAGACAUUCAGAUGAAGGUAUUCACAGAGGGCAUCACCAAUCAGCUGCUGGGGUGUUACGUAGGCUCGGUGGGAGAGGCAGGUGUAGUGCUGGUGCGGGUCUACGGCAAAAUGACAGAGCUGUUUGUGGACCGGAAGAGGGAGAUGGAGAUGUUCCGGCUGCUGCACGCUCACGGCUGUGGUCCUCGGCUCUACUGCAGCUUUCAGAAUGGAAUCUGCUACGAGUUCCUGAAGGGAACAGUGCUGGAUGACCCUUUGCUCACACAGCCUGCUGUCUACAGGUUGAUUGCAGCAGAGAUGGGCAAGCUUCACUCCAUAAAACCACAGAGCAGCUCAUCCCCACAGCCGGUUCUGUGGUCAAAAUUGACUAAUUACAUGCAGUUGCUCAAUAGUUGUGCUGGGCAUGAGACUUCACCAUGGCAAAGACCCAGUGCAAAGCUUCCUAGCCUGGACACCCUGUUAAAGGAGAUUGAGGACCUGAGGAGACACCUUACAGCUGUAGACUGUCCAGUUGUACUGUGCCAUAAUGACCUCUUGACUAAAAACAUCAUCUACAACUCAGCUGAAGGUGUGGUAAAGUUCAUCGAUUAUGAAUAUGCUGACUUUAAUUACCAAGCUUUUGACAUUGGAAACCACUUUAAUGAGUAUGCAGGGGUGAAUAAUGUGGACUACAGUCUGUACCCCAGCCAGGAGCUGCAGUGGGACUGGUUGACCGAGUACCUGCAGAGUCUGCGGAGCUGCAGUGGGGUGGAUGCUGCAGUGACCGAGAGAGAAGUGCAGGAGCUCUACAUUAAAGUCUGUAAAUUCUCCCUGGCGUCUCAUUUCUGCUGGGGUGCCUGGUCUCUGCUGCAGGCCACUUAUUCCACUAUUGACUUCGAUUUUGUACGGUAUGCAGAUGCCCGGUUCAGUUACUACUUUGAGAAGAAGAAGGAGUACUUUGGAAUGGAGCUUUCUUAAUGUUGGGUUAGGUUUAGCUGUGCUUAAACUGUAGCUGUACCUCAGAAACCAGGCAAUAUUUCCCUCAUUCUUCGAGCAGAAACUACCUCUAGUCUGAAUUGGCUUUGCUAAUUAAUAUAUACAUUUUAACAUUGUGAUGAACCUCUAAUAUCACCAGCAGUAAAAAUGUCAUAAAAUGUUUAUUCAUCUUAUUGGCACCUCCCACAGAGUAACAUGCGCAUAUUUUCAUUCCGCAGAGGGCUGAGCUCGUACCGAAAAAAGUUCCAGCACUUUCGACACAAACACCCGGUGGGAUAAAGCAUAUAUUUAGCUAGAAAUAAAUCCUAUGGAAAAUAAUAAUUUCUCCUUAAAAAAAGUUUCUUCUGUGACUCAUUUGAGGCGAUAUUUCUCGAUUUUCUGUCACAAACCCGCAUUAUGAAGUAUAAUCCAGUGUCCAUCAGUGUGUGAGUUUCACCUUGUAAUAUGAACACAUGGGCUUGAAAACAAUGUUUUGAGUUAUUGAUUCACUCAGUGAGUUGACUCAACCCAAAGUGUCUGAACACCAAACCAAUAUCAUUUUUAUUUUUUUGUCAUCUGUAGUUUGAUUUUUUAGUAGGGGGGAAAAAAUCCAAAAAUAAGAUUAUAAUCCAAAAUCAAAUUUUUUGUGAAAAAAAGUGAAGAUUAUUUUUUUAGGCGCAGCACUAGUCAAAAUUAUGGUUUGCGACUGGGAAGUUGCACAAAACACUAUCUCAAAUUUAAAUUUGCAGUGGAAAACUGAGACAACUAGUGCAGUUUCCCCAAGCAUGUGCUCUGACAACAAAGCACUUGAACAUGAUGUAAAAAUAUACAUCAGCAGCACAGAUUUAUUUGUGUAGAAAUGCUUAUUAUCAUUAUAUUUAGGUUAACCUGACGACCUUAGGAGCUCCUAGGUGGGCAUCUUUUUUUCUAAGUCCUUACAUGGCACUGUUUUCCUUUGCAUAUAUUAAAAUGAUUACAUUACUCACAUUAAACUUUACGCACUUUACACACAUUACAUUACAUUACAUUACAUUUGGCAGACGCUUUUGUCCAAAGCGACUUACAAUAACAAUCCUCUAAACAAUUUCAGGUUUCCUUCAUGGCAAGCAUUAUAUGUCUGCAUGCCGCCAUUGGUUGAGUACUGCUUCUUUUUGCAUUUUAAAGUAAACUGGUGGAGAUGCAUGUUACAGAUUGUUCAUUGUUACAUUUCAUGUAGAUCCAUGUUCAAAUACAGUACUGAAAAAGUGUUAAAACCCUGACAGAAUUCUUGAGUGACAUCACCUCUUAAACCUCAUUAAAGUAAUGAGUAAAUGAGACCCUGAGAAAAUAAAAACACACAACAGUA